CGCGUCCAACUCCUAUGACCUAUCCAUGUGAUAUCAUAAAAUUCUUCUACGUCCAUUUUCUGUUCAAUUCCAAAUUCCAGUCGAAAGCUCCUUCGCCCAUCCUCUCGUCCUUCAGCUCGUCUUCCUCCUAAUUCCUACCUCGUCGAUAAUAUUUCACAAUGGCUCGUGGCCGCGGCGGUAGCUCUGGCAAAGCUUCCCGUUCCCGAUCCCGUAGCCCUCCCCCGCAGAAAGCUGCUGCUGCUCCACCGCUAGCUCCGAUGCAAUCACGUUCCCAGAACGAACCCAUAGCAAGAGGAGGUCUCGGCGCUGCAGUAGCAGACGGACUGGCAUGGGGUACUGGAACCGCUGUGGCUCACAGAGCUGUGGACGCUGUUCUUGGUCCUCGAACCAUCAAGCACGAAAGCUCUGCUGCCUCGUCCGAGCCUACUGCUGCAAUGCAAGCAGCAGCCGCAACUCCUAACAGCACCAUCAAUUCUUCCUGUGAUGCUCAAUCCAAGGCCCUUCAAGAUUGCCUAAACAUGUUUGGUACGGACAUCGGUAAGUGCCAAUUCUACAUGGACAUGCUGGGAGAAUGUCGCAGGAGUGCUUCCGGUGCUGGGAUGGCUGCUUGAUUGUGAAGAUAAAAUUUCUGUUGAAUUGCUUGAGAGCUUUUUAUUGAAAGAAAUGGUGGUAGCCCACUGGGUUUACUAGUAUCUGUGUUGCUUAUGUGUUGGUAGUUUAGGUGAUGAGGGUUUGGAUCAUGGUGAUUUCGAUCCCUCUGCUCUUCAUCUAUUAUUUGGGUAUGUAAAUGUGUGGGGCUAAUGUUGAAUGAAUCUGUCAGUUAUUUUUUUUUUCUACUUUUUUUUAUACGAGGAAAAUGCAAACUGCUGAAUUCAUACUUAGGUCAUUAUUUUUCGUUCAAUUCCGUUAACUUAGUCUGAUAUGGCAGUCAACUUUUAAAAUUGACAAUUAACUAAGUGACGAUUAACUAAGUGAUAUGACGAUUAAAAAAUAAUAAUUAAAAUAAAAUUUAUCAAAUUGAAAGGGGGCGCUUACUCCUUUGCCACCACCUCCCUUCUCGCAACCAAACCAACUUCAAUUUCGCAUCACUAGCUACGCCCAUUGCCCCCUUCUCCGCUGCUUCGUGGUCGUAAUCAAUAGCUCCACCUCCUCCACCCUCGACGGGUCGAUCCCACCCCUUCCUCCAACUCCAUCCAGGCCUGCUGACUCACACAAAACGCCACACUAGAAAUCCCCUUCAGAGCCCAAAAUUUUAAAAUCUAGAGGGGUGCAAAAUAGGGCAAGUAAGUUUUAAUUAUCAACCCGAGCCGAUCCAUGUACUCCUACUUCAAUAGCUUAGGUUGUUAUCUAGCAAGCAACUUUUGGGUUUAGAACUAAUGGAACUACAAACUAAACAAGCAAAGAAAAGUAAAUAAAGGAAAAUUCUAACAAAUGGAGCAUCACCUAGGAGUUGCUUCCCUCUAACUAGCUACCAUGACUCGUUGGAUUGAAUGGAGUCGUGUGGUGUAGGUGGUUGUGAACCGCGAGGGUGAGCAACUAGUGAUCGAUUUGUCACGAGAUCGAUCCACUCACAACGUCUAGGGGAACCGCUAGGAGGAGCAAUUAGUGAUCCAUUUGUCACGAGAUGGAUUCACUAAAGAUCGAUUUGUCAGGAAUCAAUCCUCUCACCCGGUCUCUAGGGGUUGCCUAGGGCUCUCCCUCAAACCGGAGUUUGAACUGCUUAAUCACAACCAACCUAGAUGCAAACUUGAGUCAAGGGGGGUGCUCAUUUCUAACCUAGAUAGUAAGCACAAAGUGCCCAGGACAACUAAGGUUGUCAAGCCUACCUAAAAAGGUGUGGUUUUCCUCUAAUCUAGGUUAGGCAAGCACAAAAGAUUUGGAAAGCACAACUAAGCACAAUCACCAUGAAGACACCUCUACUACUCAAAUUGAUGCAAAACCAUACAAAAUCAUUCAAUCUAAACAAGUAAUUACAAAGUAUUAGUUAGGGAUCUACAACACCCAAGAGAAAAGAAUGAGUUUCUAGAGAGAGAGAGAGAGAGAGAGGGGAGAGAUUACAAAGAAACCUCUAGAUCUUCUUUUUCUAGGCUUGAUUCCUUGAUCCCAAGCUUGAACAAUGCCUUCAAUUAAGCUCCAAGAUCCUU